CCAGUGUAACAAACCAAGUGAACGAGGAGACGCACGGGGCUUCCGGGAGGCAUUUGUGGAAAUCUAACGAAGAGCCCCACGCUAACUUUUCCGUUAUCUUGUGAAAAUGGUAAAACAGACUAUUCAGAUUUUUGCACGUGUUAAACCAAACAAGAAAGCAACGUCGGUUUAUUCUGUGGAUGAAGAUGGUUCCUCUCUGGAGUUUGAGGUGCCUAAAGAUCUUGCAGAUGGCUUCAUCAACAACAAGAGGGAGAAGUACAGAUUCAGGUUCCAGAAGAUUUUUGAUCAAGCAUGCAAGCAGGAAGAGGUUUUUGAGAUGAUUGCCAAGCCUGUAGCUGAAAGGGUGUUGGCAGGGUACAAUGGAACUAUCUUUGCUUAUGGCCAGACAGGUAGUGGGAAGACAUUUACCAUCACAGGAGGAGCAGAGCACUAUUCUGACCGUGGAAUCAUUCCCCGCACCCUCUCCUACCUAUACCAACACUUCAGCCAGGACAACAGUAAGGUGUACACGACUCAUAUAUCCUAUCUUGAAAUCUACAAUGAAAUGGGCUUUGAUCUACUCGACCCACGACAAGAGGCCUCCGCACUAGAGGACUUGCCAAAGGUCACCAUCUUAGAGGACACAGACCAGAACAUCCAUUUGAAGAACCUAUCUUUAUUGCAGUCGGACAAUGAGGAGGACGCUUUGAAUUUGCUUUUCCUUGGUGAUACCAAUCGAAUGAUUGCAGAGACCCCGAUGAAUCAAGCCUCUACCCGCUCCCACUGUAUCUUCACCAUCCAUCUGUGCAGCCGUGAGCCAGGUUCAGCCACAGUGCGGCGCUCCAAGUUGCACCUGGUAGAUCUUGCUGGAUCUGAGCGUGUGAGCAAAACAGGUGUAGGAGGUCAGCUACUCACUGAGGCAAAAUAUAUCAACCUGUCCUUGCACUACCUGGAGCAGGUCAUCAUUGCCCUUUCAGAGAAGAAACGGUCCCAUAUUCCAUACCGCAACUCUAUGAUGACAUCAGUGUUAGGGAACUGCAUGACCACUAUGAUUGCCACUGUGUCUGUCGACACAAGAAAUACAGAUGAAUCCAUCUCCACAUGUCGAUUUGCCCAACGGGUGGCCCUGAUCAAAAAUGAGGCUCUUCUUAAUGAAGAACUGGACCCAGCACUGCUAAUCAUGCGUUUGAAGAAGGAAAUCCAAUGUCUAAAGGAGGAGCUUGCUCUGCUAACUGGAGAGCAGAGGAGCGAUGAUCUAACUCUACAGGAGACUCACAGACUACAGGAGCAAGUGAAGGCUUUUCUGGAUGAGCCAGACUCUGAGGUGAAGCUGGAGCUGGGCCCCGACAUGAGGAAGAUCCAUUACUGCUUCUCCUUGGUUAAGGCAAUGAUCUGUGGAAGUCCAUCAGCUCACCACAGGAGCAGUGAGUGUGCCGUGCCUCCGUAUCUCGCUGAGACAGAUCAAAUAGAGAGUUCAACUCAAACAGAACUGCACAAACUAAAAGAUAUGCUUACUCAGCGAGACAAUGAGAUCAGUAUAUUGGUGAGUAUGUUAAAGAAAGAGAAAAAGCGGGCUCAGGACACAGAAACCCUGCUUGCUUUGACCAGUGGAAACAUGCCACCCCCGCGGGCCCUGGCGUCAUCCGCAGCCACACACCCUGAGGACCCAGCCGGAAGGAGGGGCACAGAGGAACUGCCCCACAUACAGAAGCAACUCUACAGGAAACAAGGCAAGUGAACACACAUACAUAAGGGUACGGUAACAUUGUUAGAAGAUACACUGCAGGGCUGUCAGUGGUAAUUCUAUUAGUCAUUGUUGAAGUCAUAAUAUACAGUAAGAUACUGUUGGAGUCACUGAAUGAAUGAAUGAAUAUCACAAUACGAUUUCUUGCGUAUUGGAUAGAACAAGUUAAGUCUCAGUUAAAAUAGUAGGUUUUUGUGAUGUACAAAAAAAUACAUAUUUAGGCCCCUAGUAUAAGCAAAAACAGCUGGCAGCUAAAGAUUCAUGUGCAGUGUUGAACAAAAAAAGAAACACCUCAGACAAAUAUUAACGGUGUGGUCAGAGUGGGUAUCGACAUGCCCUUUAAACCAAAUAUUAGCGGUGUGGUCAGAGUGGGUAUCAACAUGCCCUUUAAACCAAAUAUUAGCGGUGUGGUCAGAGUGGGUAUCAACAUGCCCUUUAAACCAAAUAUUAGUGGUGUGGUCAGAGUGGGUAUCGACAUUCCCCUUUAAACCAAAUGCGUCAGAGGAGAUUACAGUGUAAGAAGAUGGCGGUCAGAGUUUCUCAGGAGCGCCUCUCCAAGGAAAAAAACAGUUGUUAAAAACAAUGACAUGUGUAGACACGUAAUUGGAGCUUGUCAGCCAUGCCCAAGCCACAUCUUGUCAAACUGACUGUUAUUUUGUUGUUAAUCAGGUUAUGAGGUUUUGAGCCUGAAGGAUAACCUCAGCUGUGCACACUUUCCCCAACAGGUUAUGUACUGCGUGGUUAUGCAAAAUUAUUGGCUUAAGUGGUUACUGCAACAGCAUAUUACGUUUGUCUCACAUAACUUUGAAUUAAACAAAGUUUAGGAAAUUUCAGGAAAUUACGGACACAGGAAAAGGGAUUAGGCAGACAGAAUAAACAGAUAUAAGAUCAUCCAAACAACUAGGCAAAACAGGAGUAUUUAUACAAAACCUAACAAGGCUGAACUCACUGAAAACAGAUGGAAAAUAUGAUUAAAUUAGCAAGCGGAACUCAUGAACCAGGAAGUAAUAAGUGGUGCAUGAACAGAUGUGGUUACAGAGACAGGGAAACUAAAGCCCAUGUAAACAAAGGAAGUAAACAAAAGACCACAUGGCUAACCAAGGGAGUAAACAAACAUCCAAAGCCAGGACGCAAAGAAAACACAAACCCAAAACCUUUACAUAAUGGCUUUUUACUUAGAAUUAUUUUGGGAACAAACUGUAGGCUAUUUGAUGCAGUCGGUGCAUCCAGAACCCCAGCAGAACUGCAGGUGAGUGGAAGCCUGUUUAGCUGAGCACUGGUUCAUUGGGAGUGAGAGGACAUAGAAAUGACUGGUGAUUGUAUGCGUAGAUAUACUGAAUGAUACCUCUCUGGGAUAUCCUAGAGACAGUACUCAGGGUUGGAAAGAAUCUGAUUCAUAAAAUGCAAGAGCAGUUACUAUUAGUAUACAUGAAUGGGGAGUACAUAAGAUAUGGUAUGUUUUGAGCUGUGUCUGUUGAUGAAUUUGCAGCCAUGCCAUCAAAAAAGACCUUAAGUGGAAAAUGCGCCCAUUUGGCUUCAUCAUCAUCAUCCUCAUGAAAGAUACU